AUGGUUCCUGUUCUCGGAGGCGGCGGUGGGGCGAGCGGUGGCGGCUGUGGGGUGAGGGGCGGCAAACGGAUUGCUCGUCCUCAGGCCACCACUUUCGGCCAAAUUUUGGAGAUCCAAAUCUUUUUUUUUCUUCCGAUCCAAUUCGAGCUCCCGUUCUCUCAGGCGGUUCCAUUAGGCCAAGCCGUCGCUGCCUGGUGCCUGCCCGCCGCAAACUCGACCCUCUCCUUGCGGCAUCGUGCUGCUCGUGCGCCGCCGCCGGUCCUAGUGGCCGCGCGCCGGCAGGCUUGCGCGCUACCGGUGAUCCUCGCGCGGCCAGGCCGCCUCCCAUGCGCUCGCGCGCUGUCGCAGCCUGCCGGUCCCCGCGCCCGCGCGCCCGCACCACCGCACGCUCCUGGGCUGCCGCCGGUCACCACGCCUCCUGCGGUUCCGUCGUGGAGGCUGUUUCCUGUUACCUCAUCGAACGGACCAAGCAGCUGGACUGUAACGGUUGAUCCAAGGGGUAAUUUGGCUGCCAACACACAAGGUGUUCGACUAUAUGCCUCAACAGAGUUUGGUUCUGGGGCACGUCGAUUCCACGCAACCAGAUCUUGUCGGCAAUCUGAAUCACCACCGGCAGCUUACCGGGCCGUUGCUGGCUCGAAACACUGCAAGUUGGGGGGAAUGUGGCAGACACAUAGCUACAAAGGGUGCAAGCUGCGGGCGGCUCGACUCAUGAGUAGUGGUGCGGAAUGUAAGAGGCAUGGAUGCCGGUGGAGAUGACGUUGUGAUAUCUCAGGGAACUUGCUCUGCACCUCUGCUCCAUAUCCUAUUAUUGUUUCGUUCAUGUAUUUAACGUAUUCUUUGAUUCCUUAAUUUAUUGUCUCAAAGUUCAGCUCAUGAGUACGGUCGCACAUCGCACCCCUCACCCAAUCACCCUCCACCAAUUGGGUCUGCAACUCCUACCCUCAUGUAAAAAUUAGUUCGAAAUUUAGAUUAAUUUGUAAAUCCUGCUUUUUCACUCUCCAAAACUCAUGUGGUGAAUGAUUAAUCUAUCAGCACUCGGCUGUUGAACUUCUCUUUUUUUAUUUGUGUUUUUCAGUAUACUAUAGUUACUUUUUUAAUAUUUAUAAUAUUACUAAUAGCUUAAUUCUCUAUGCAAUUUGAAAUGAUCCAUAUUAACAACAUAUUUCUCAAUGCAGGUUGAAAUGAUGAAUGGCUGAAUAUCAAGAAUGGGUCAAGAAACAAUGGAUUUUAGAAUUUCUAGAUAUUUUUAUUGAAAUUUCCAAUCCAGUUGUAAAUAAUUUGUGCCCUUAGUUCCUAUAUACAUUUUCUUUGUACAAUUAUACUUUUAUGCAUAUACUAUCACAUGUGUAUAUAAUAUGUUGGUUUCCUUUCUACAAUCAAUGUACCUUAUUGUGAUUUUUUGA